AUGACCAUCAGCGGCAAGUUUUCCCAAACCUGCCAUCUGAAUCUAACCACAUGGGUGACCACGGACGAAUCUGCUCGUUUCAAGGCUUCAGAAAAUGAUGACAUCAGUUAUUUAGCAACAAAUGUGAAUGGACUGUGGAAAAUCAAAGCCUUGUCAUCCGCUGCUUAUACUAAUGAAAACGGAUUUCCUCAACUAGCUGUAACUGUAAUCCUGGAGCGUCGGGCGUCAUAUUAUGUCCUCAAUCUCAUCGUCCCUGUCAUGCUUCUCUCCCUUCUCAGCUCAGUGGUCUUUGCUCUGCCUCUACAAUAUGGGGAUAAAGUGUCUUUAUCCAUGACGAUUCUCCUUGCAUUCAGUGUGUUUCUGACUCAGAUGAGCAACAAUAUGCCCAGGACAUCCUUACAGACGUCCUAUCUCACCAUCUACAUGACCCUGCUCCUCAAUCUCAGCUCCCUUGCUGUGGCUAUUUGGCUGGAUGAAUCAUUGAAGUGGAACAUUUCGGAUUAUGGAGGGAUAGACACGAUCAGCAUGUCAAGUGAAGACAUAUGGAUGCCCGACAUAACGCUCCUCAAUACAGCCGACGAGCGCGAAUUGAUGAACAAUCAGAAUGCACCUAUGAGCAGCAAUAUGCCCAGGACAUCCUUACAGACGUCCUACCUCACCAUCUACAUGACCCUGCUCCUUACUCUUAGCUCCCUUGCUGUGGCUAUGUCAGUUCUCAUCCUGAGGAUCCAUCAGAGGAAGGGAGAUGUGCCUGCCCUAUUGCAGAAAUUGGUUACAAUAUGGAACUUUGCUAUGCACAAGAUGCCUAUGAAUGCAUUGGAACCUGUUGUAGACGACACUGAAGUUGAUGACACAGAUGAGCAGAAGUGUAACCCAGUGGUCACCUGGAACGACUGGAUGGAUGACUCACUGAAAUGGAACAGCUCAGACUUCGAUGGACAGGAAAAUCUGUUUCUGUCUACUGAUAGUGUAUGGGUCCCUGACUUAACAGUGAACACUGUCACCCAAAGAACGAUGUUUUGGGAACAACCUGGCCUUGUAUCCAUACGAAACACGGGAUUAGUACGUUGGGUUCAUGGUGAUCUGUUCACGACGAUGUGUGACUUCGAUGUUUCCCAUUUUCCGUUUGACACACAGGUCUGUAACAUAUCUCUCACCUCCUGGUAUACAGAAUCGGACCAAGUUCGAUUUCUACCUCAGAAAAAUAGAUCCUUGACUGCUUAUUCACAAGAAGGAAAUUCAUUGUGGAUACUGAAAGAUAUAUCUGGGGAAAUAGUAAUGGACGGAUACCCUUUCCUUCGCAUUACCAUCACCUUAAAGCGCCGACCUUCAUUCUAUGUCUUCAACCUGAUAAUCCCCAUCACGCUGUUAUCCCUUCAUAGCUCCCUGGUGUUUGCUCUGCCUAUAGAGCACGGAGACAAAACGGCUCUCUCCAUGACAGUUCUGCUCGCUUUCACAGUGUUCCUGAGUCAGAUGACCAACGAAAUGCCCAGGACAUCCCUACAGACGUCAUACCUCACCAUCUACCUCACCGUCCUCCUCACUCUCAGCUCCCUUGCUGUGGCAAUGUCAAUCCUCAUCCUCAGGGUGCAUCGAAGGACCGAUGAAGUACCUUUAAUAUUGCAAAGAUGGGUCACUGCCAAGAUUUGCUGUUCUCGGAACAAAACAAAGAAGGAAGAUACAUUAGAUAUGACGAAGCUUUCAGGGCAUAACGGCGAAAGAGAGAAAUCUGAUGCCAGGGUGGAGUGGAAGGAUGUUUCUCUUGUGCUUGAUGCCUUCUGUCUGAGACUCUUCAUGUUCCUCAAUGUGGGUUGUAUCGUUGCUCUCUUGAUCCUACUUAUCUAA